AUGUCCUUCAUCAAGAUGACACUGCACUUCUUUCAGAAGAAUUCCGAGCAGGAUGCUAUGCAAUGCAAUGAUUCCGGGAAUUCAGUCUCGCCUACGCCUACGAACUCUGACCUAGGAAACGUUGCCGGAAAUGAUAGUCAACUCCGCUCGUUGUUUAAGUCGGAACCUGUAUCGAGUCUCGAGUAUUUGCGACCCUCUCCGGUGACCGUACCAUUCCUAUGGCAAAAGUACCUGGAGAAUGUAGAUCCAUUAUUAAAGAUAUUCCAUGCCCCCACGAUACAGAAGCAAGUAAUGAACUUGGUUCGAGGACGCAAAAAUCAUGACUUCCCAGCAGAAUGUUUGAUGUUUGCAAUUUACUACUCCACUGUUUUGACAUUGGAUGCGGCGGAGUGUCAGGCAGAGUUUGAGGAAGAUAAGGAAGAUUUGCUGAAGGGAUACCGGUCGGGCGUCGAGAAUGCCCUUCUACAAGCGGACCUUGUCAACUCAUUAGAUUUAUCUAUUCUGCAAGCUUUUCUUAUUUAUCUAAUAUGUGGCAGGCGAGACAAAGAUGGGCCUAAUGUGCGCAAGUUAAUGGGUCUCGCCAUCGGGAUGGCUGUAAAAAUGGACCUUCACCACGACGGAGAGAAUAAAGGUUUCUCACCAUUCGAAGUUGAAAUGCGACGUCGACUUUGGUGGCACAUAUGCAUCAUCGACACCCGAGCUGCUGAAAGCGACGGGUCAGCACCCUGCAUUUUGGAAUCCCUAUUCGAUACCAAGUUACCAACCAAUGUCAGCGAUGCCAAUCUGGACCCAGAUAUGGGUAGGGCUCCUCAACCGCAAAUUGGGAAGACUGAGAUGCUGUUCAGCUUGAUCCGGUUGGAAGUUAGCUAUUUUGGCCGUCAAAUCGUCUUCUCCGAUCAGUUCUGCCGCGACAAUGAAUAUUAUCUGCGAUCGCCGUUGGAAAAAUGCAAAUUAAUCGACGAGCUCCAGGGGAGCAUCGAAAAGCGAUAUCUAUCUCACUGCGAUAGUAGAACUCCUCUUGAUUUCAUCACGAUUGUCUCGACUCGGCUUAUUCUCGCGCGCUUCAAGCUAACGGUUGCAAAGCCUCACGCUGGGCCGGGACAAAAUGACAUUGCGCUGCCAGGUAACUUCCGCGGUGUCUGCGUAGACGUCUUGGAACAUGCGCGUGCAUUACGAGGCUAUGAAAAUGGAAAACAGUGGCUUUGGCUGUUCCAGACUUAUGUUGAAUGGGAAGCACUCGCCUGUCUCUUACUCGAUCUUUGCUUCACACUAUCCAACACACCGGACGAGUCAGCAUGGAAAAUUGUGGAAGAUGUCUAUGGCUACUGGAAACAGCACGAAGAAGUGAAUCGGUGUCGACACUGGGGAAACAUCGAGGAGCUUUACAGCCAGGCAUUGAUUAUGCGAGAUAGCCCCGAGACUAUAAUGCCGACUCCGGUCUCAAAUUAUCAUGAUACGGCAACCCCUGACGCUGGGUCUUCUGAGCACCUAUCUCGCAUGUGGGAACUGGCCAAUGCUGCGGCUGUCACUGCUGGAGGUAACGCCCCCUUGGUGCCUGUGACUAGUGACGAGGCCCCGGAAAUGCCGACAUCUGGUACUGCUUGUCAAUGGAGUGUCGGGGUGUUUGGUCAAUAUUUUGGAAUCAUGGAUGGCUCGUUCACAUAG